AUGGAAGAUGAUGCCAAACGGCGAUUGAAGGCUGCAGAGCUUGAAGCUAAGAAGACUCGGCUAAGGAUCUGGACAAAUUAUGUACCCCUAGCUAUAAACUCAAAGGCAAUCCGUGACCAGAACUUCACAGGAAAGAGGUUGUUAGCGGGGACUGCAUUGUUGUGGUUGAUGACAUCCCCAUAUGGUAGUUCUCUUGCAGAGCGCCGAGUCAAUCUUUCAAGAAUUAGGUGUCCAAAAAUUGGAAAUCCUCGUAGAGAUGAAAAGCCAGCUGCUUAUGCCCGGGAAGCAAGAGAGUUUUUGAGAACACACCUUAUUGGAAAACAGAUGACUGUAGAAAUGGAAUAUUCAAGGAAGGUUUCCAUGGCAGAUGGCACUGAUUGUCAAUACACCUCGAAGAGGAGUUCAAUCUUCAAAUGACAGGUUUGAAGUGUUUUAUCUCAACUAUGGAAACCAAGAGUUGGUUCCCUAUAGUCAAUUACGGUCUAUUGAUGCUUCAUUAUCAGCAACACCUGGGCUUGCUCAGUUAUACAGCCUUGCAUUUUUGAAAGUUCCAAGCCUCGAUGAUGAAUUUGGUACUGAGGCUGCCCAAUUUUCGAGUGAGCGGACAUUAGGAAGUUUACUGCAAUUCAAGGCAGUGAAAGAGGAAAGGGAUACUUCUGGGGGAAAAGUAAAGGGAUAGGGAACUGGUACUUGUCUCGUUGUAACCCUCUUUAUCGAGGACCCGGAGGAUAGCAUCAAUGAUGCAAUGCUGAAAGUUUGAACAAUAAAUUAUCCCUUCUCUGUUCUACUCAACCUCUAACUGUGUUAAAAAUCCUAAUAUGUUUAAAGGUUUGAUUUUCAUGAAUUUAGAGGGUCAUGUCCAGGUCAUCCUUGUUGUGACAAAACAAUGUCAACCAUUUACAAAUUUCUGUAUCGAAUUUCUUAAAUCUUACGGGCGUGUUAUUUGUUUGUUUUAUUUUUAGGACAGUCUUACUAGGUUGGAAAAGAGGAAGAAAUGGGAAUCGAAGGAGAGAAAAUUGAUGCUUAAUAAAUUGGAACAGUGUCAGGAGGAAGCGAAAACUGGUCGACGUGGAAUGUGGCAAUAUGGAGAUGUAGAGUCGGAUGAUGAGGAUUUACUUCCACUAGUUGCGGCUAAGAAAAUCAGAGGUCGAUGCUAGGUAGUGUAAUAUUUUUAUCAAUCACUUUUUGGGGUUAAACAUCUAAAGAGUUCUAAGU